AAGUGCCUCAAACUCCAAACUCAAAAUGGCGGACAAGGAGUUUUCACUUUUCAUUUUCAAGAAUUUAGUACACUAAACAUACAACAAUAAACAAUAUUGGAUAGCCAUGAUCCAUUAUGGUACUUUUCCUUUUUUUACUCUCUGCUCUGUACUCUACAGCUGGAGGUACGGAUGGAGACUCUUCUUUGACUGACCAUUAUCCUGAAAUCAAAAUACUUCCUCUGAUGUCGACUACUGAAUUCCUUUUCAAACGAAUUGAUGAUACCUUGAAUGUUACAUGCAGUAUCAUUGGAGCGAAUGCAGACAAAUUCUAUCUAGAAUGGAUUACGCCAAUAGAUGUGCAAAACAGGUAUGAAAACUGGAACCAUAAACUAUUGAAGACAAACUCUUUGAAUCUAUACAUGGACGCCCUAGAAGAAAUUGAUGCUGGGAACUAUACUUGCAUGGCUAGCUUACCAUCUACCAAUGUCACCCUUCAGAAACAUUUCUUCCUGAAAAUUAAUAAUAGAAAAGGUCAUUGCGGUAAAAACCAUUUUUCAUGUAACUCAGAAACAUGUAUUCAUCAAAGAUAUGUUUGUGAUGGAAGGCUAGACUGUGCUGAUGGGGAGGAUGAAUCUGAACGAAAUUGUGGGACGUCACCUUGUCAAGGAAAACUCACAUGUGAUGGAAGAUGUAUUCCAGUCUCAUGGUGCUGUCAGCAGUUCAUUGAUGCUAAUUGCACAGCCACUGUCAGACUCGCUUGUUGCUCAGAAAUUCAUAAACCAUAUAUCGACAGUGACAACGGAAUAUCUUCUGCUGAUCAACAACGAUUGAAUGAUAUCCACUUUCUGCAGACCACAAUCUACAUUGUCAUCGGUAGUGCAAUCGCUUUUAUGCUGGUAGUUACCAUAUUGGUUGUUACAAUAUGCAGGACUCACAUGAAGCGAACGGUUGUUAGUGCUCGGUAUCCAGUUACUGAUAGACGUAGUCGGCCUACAAUGUGA